AUGUCACAAAAUCCCAUGUGGAAAGAAUCAGCGGGUAAAAAUCACAGCGAUUUUCCUGCUUCGUUUCAAAGGAAGCCGAGAGGCAUCGAAGAGCUUGACAGGUGGAAAGCCACAGAGUUUCGCACCUUUUUGUUGUACACGGGACCAGUGGCUUUAAAGCAGUUGUUGCCUGACAAGCUUUACCACCAUUUUCUUCUCAUCCAUGUAGCAGCAAGGAUACUAGCUGCACCUAAUUUACACAGGGUGCACAACGAGUAUGCGGACAAGCUGUUACGAUACUUUGUUCAAGAAAUGGGUGUACUUUAUGGCACAACGCACCUUGUCUACAACGUUCAUUCCCUCAUUCAUCUAGCAAGAGACUGUCUAAAUCAUGGCCCCCUUGAUUCCUUCAGCGCUUUUUGCUUUGAAUCGUUCUUAGGGAAGCUAAAAGGAAAGCUGCGAACAACAAGCUGUCCCUUGUCACAGCUGAGCCGACGAGUUUCAGAGGUGAAGCACACAACAGAAUAUGCUACUAGAACUAAAGUGGAAACUGUCAAACAAGGUUUUUCGUACAUCCUGGAAGGCAACACUGUUGUGCGUGUCAGUGAGGUACUAGCAUCACAGGUUCGUGUUACUGUGUUCUCAAACAAGAGAGACUUUUUCACCUACCCCAUGAAAUCAUCUACUAUGAACAUCUUUCGUGUUGAGAACCGAAGCACUAGCUGUGUACGGACCAUGCAGCUGAGUGCCCUCAUGAAGGGAAAGCCGUGUGUGCUUCUCAGUUACAAGUGUGAGCACGUUGCUCUACCCCUGCUGCACUAA